AUGAAAGCAAUCGUUAUCGAAAAGUUUGGGGGACCCGAGUCCCUUGUCAUCAAAGAUGUAGUCCCCCCAGAGUCAAAGAAAGGGGAAGUUGUGAUAUCUGUCAAGGCAUUUGGUAUCAAUCACGCCGAAAUGCACAUGCGGAAAGGUGAAUGGGCAGAGUGGAUGCCAAUCAGUGGAAUCGAGUGCGUCGGCACUGUGUUCAACUGCCCAGGCGGAGAAUUCAAAGAAGGCACUCCAGUUGCAAGUCUGAUGGGUGGUCUGGGACGUACAAUUAACGGCAGCUAUGCGGAAUACACUCGGGCCAAAGUCUCCAAUGUCGUCUCACUCGGGCCAGCGGCGGCAGAAUUACGGUGGGAUCAGCUGGCCGCAAUCCCGGAAUCAUACGCUACGGCAUGGACUUGUCUGUUCCGGAACCUAGAGAUAUCAGCGGGGACGCGGCUCCUCAUCCGCGGCGGAACUUCUGCUUUUGGGAGAGCGGCAAUCAAUCUGGCAAGACAGGCUGGAUCCGUUGUCACCGCAACAACCCGCAAUGAGAACCGGGUCCCACAACUCAAAGCUCUUGGAGCUGAGAAGGUGCUAAUUGAAGACCCUAAGCUCUCUGAACACGUCACAGAUAAAUUUGACGCUAUUUUGGAGCUCAUAGGCAAUAGCACUGUUGUUGAUUCUCUCAAUAUGGUGCACAGAGGGGGUCGGGUCUGUCUAGCUGGGUUCUUGGGUGGACUUGAGCCCAUCUCUGAAUUCAAUCCUCUUUUGCAGAUGGCGAGUGGUGUCCAUCUUAGCUUUUUUGGGAGUUUCGCUUUUGGAACCCCUGAAUUUCCCUUAUCAGAUGUUCCCCUUGAGGAAAUUGUCGAAAUGGUGGCACAGAAGCGUUUCAGUGCAGACCCUUGGAAGGUUUUCAAUUUCAAUGAGAUUCAGGAAGCCCAUCGUGCAAUGGAAAACAAUGAGGCGCAUGGGAAAAUGGUUGUCACAGUAACUUGA